GUCCCGGCCCCGCCCGGGUCUGACGUCAGGUCCUGGGCGCCGGGGGCCGCGCGCACUUCCCGCUCGGGCUCGGCUGGGUGCUGUUGCCGUGCUGCGGCCUGAGUCCCACCGGCAGGAUGUCAGCCAGUAUUCCUGGAAGCUCAAAUGUGGCUGCUGGCAGUAAUCGUCGUCUUCAGCAGACUCAACACCAAGUAGAUGAGGUUGUUGACAUCAUGCGAGUGAAUGUGGACAAGGUAUUGGAGCGAGAUCAGAAGCUGUCAGAGCUGGAUGACCGUGCUGAUGCACUUCAAGCAGGAGCUUCACAGUUUGAGACCAGUGCAGCCAAGCUGAAAAGAAAGUAUUGGUGGAAGAACUGUAAGAUGUGGGCAAUACUGAUAGCUGUUGUUAUCAUUAUCAUCAUCAUCAUUAUUGUCCUGAGUGUGCCUUCAUGAGUUUCAGGAAGAAACUUGGAUCAGCUGAAGGUGCCCAUCUUCAGCCUCUCCACUUCAAACCUCCUGUGUUUUCAGCUCAUUUAAUGCUGUUUAAAGCCAAACUCUUUUUGAUUACUGAAAUGUUAACUAACUUUACCUGGUUGCCUUAAGACACUCCUGUCACUAAUUACUAACAAGCACAACCCACCACUUGUACAGUGCCUUGAUAAAUUGAGGUGCAGAGCGAGUGAGGAGGA